CCCCUCCUCGAAGUCAUACGCUGAUUAAUUUCGAAGUGAAACACAGACUACGCAGUAACCUUUACGUAUAUCCUAAAAGGUGGUUCAAAAUGGAUCAACAAUCGUAUGAAAGUGAAAUUAAGUCGGGUGGCCACGGCGAAAAAUUCCAAACAGACGUUGCCCUCGUACUGUUGCUGCGUACGCGGGAAUUAAGUUCCACUACAAGGAUGGCGUAUGAAAUGAAGAUGGCCGACAAGUUUGACGAUGUUGUGUUGAUUGACGAUACAAACAAGGAGAUCCACUUAAUUCAAGCAAAACACGCCGAUACCAAGGAUGAAAAGGUUAAAAAUAUCGAUAUGGAUGCCCUGUUUCCAACCGGAAAUAGUGCCAAACGCACCGGGGACUUUGAUUUGUGCAAGUAUGCCAAAUCCUACAUGACUGUGACUGGAAGAUUGGAACUAACGGCGUUCAAGAAGAUGUUUUACAUCUUCACCAAUAAGGAUCUGAAACAGACCGAUAACGAGUGGGUGAAAAUCGAAGAACGGGAAGUUAAUGAAAUCCUACGUUUUUCUGGAUCCAGUGCCAAAAACCUGGAACUUAUUCCAUGCGAAAAGGCUAUCAACGAGGUGCUCAAUUACAUCAACAAAGAUAUCAUUGCGAUUAAAGAUGCGAUCAAAGAGUUCUUUCACAGCGGAACGGUCAGCCAAAUUUUAACUCACUAUUGCACUCCAUUGAAAGACGUCAUGGUCAUAGACCGGAAAAAGUGUCGCUUUGCAAGCAACUUCAAUGCUGAACAUACAAAUCCCAAUGUUGCCUUGCUAUACACCAUGUUGCAAAGCGAUCAGGUUGAUAUGGAGAAAGAAGUAACCGUCAUUAAUAAUUUCCUGGCGAAAGACUCAAGGAACAAACUUUUGCCACCAUUCGUGGGUGAGGAUGAUAUUCGUGGCUUCUUUCGUGAUUUGACUCUAUCGGUGGGUCAACCGAACGAUUUGCGACCUAUCAUCGUUGGUGAACUACUGGCUUGGAUGAAGACGUGGAUCCAGCCGGACAUUCUCGGUAAGCUGGGGGAAAAGGACUUGGAUCAGGUGUAUAUCGACCUGGAAGCUAAUUUUGUCGAAUGUAACGAACCUGAAAACAAAAAUAGGAAGCGUUUUUUGGCCAAACAAGGUAUCGAACAAUGCUUUGGACAAUUAAAGCGUGGAAUGGAAACGGGUAUGAUGAAGCGCGUAAUGGCAGAGGCGGAAGAAUGGCAAUUUACGUAUAUUAACCGCCAUAUCAAGUACGAAGAGACGGCAUUAGAACCAACCGGUAAAUUAUUAACCAAGGCAACAGAUAAGGAUAGGACUAGCACAAUAGUUCGACAGAUAAGUGAUACUAGAUUAGUUGAAGCGCUUCGAGGAGAAUUCAAAAACCAGCAACAUAUUUUACUUGUAGCAGACCCCGGUAUGGGAAAAACCAGAUUACUGCAGUUUUUGGCAUUUCAGGUUCAAAAACAAAGCCACUCUGCAGUAUUCUUGGUGUAUUUAAGCACGCUAUGCAAUGAACUCAACAAAAUUGAAAAAGUAUCAAACUUAGACGAUGUCCGGGGAAUUCUCAGCGCUGUUCUUUCAGAGAAUAACUGUAAUCUCAUCCUUAAUGCCCCGGAAAGGCGAAAUGACGAAGAAUAUUCCAUUAUUUUAGCAUUGGAUGCAUUUGACGAAAUACAUUCCAAAUACACCGAGAAAGUAAUUAGUAUACUUGAACUGCUCAGCUCUAGAAAGAGUAUUCAGUUCAUAAUCAGCUCGAGACUCCACGUGCAGAAAUUAUUGCAAAGGAAAUUCGAUGUAAAGCUAAUAUCCCUAGUCCCUUUUCGGCAUGAAGAUCAGAUCCAGUACUUGAAGAAAAUAUGGAUGAAGGACAGUGUUGAUGAGAAAGUUGUUGAAAACUUUUCGGAACUUCUUUUAAAAAAAUAUCAUUCCAGCAUUUUAUCCAACUUGAGUGAAAUUUCCGGUUUGCCUCUGAUGAUGCGUAUGCUCGCUGAAAUUUACUCUGACAAAUUCGAACAAUUUAUUUUAACAACAAAUUUCGACAAUAUUGAACUGUUUGAUUGGUCAGAAGGCACAUUGAAUAUUGUGCAACUGUUAGAGCAGUUUGCAAAUAAAUGUUUUCACUUCAAAUUUUUAGAAAAAUUUAAAUUCACGGUUGAUACCCAAGAUGCUGAAUUUAAUUCAAUAAUUGACAUGUACAUUUUGGAACAUCAACUGCUAGCGAUAAAGCUGCUAGACAUUGAAAUGCUCAUGAAUUUAUUCACGGUGCCGUAUUUUAAGAAAAUAUAUGACUCAUUCAAAAGCCGUUGUGAGAAGGAUGCAGAAAAGUCUAUUUUGGUGAAAGUAGUCAACAAUAAUGUUCAGUUCUGCCAUUUAUCAUUUGGUGAAUACUUCGUAGCAACAUAUUUAUGUGAUAACAUUUCCGAGUUGAAACCAAACUUAUUGAUCAACGUUCUAUCUCAACACGAUGUUAUUAGGAAACUGACACUGAUCAAGCUUGGAGAAAAUGUAAACUGCUCCGAAACUUUAAACGAUUUGUGCAGACUAAACAAGAACGUACCUUUGUGGGUAUGUGAGAGUGGUUGUCUGAAAUUGGUUUCAUCCCUAAAAGUUGAAGAGUUCUCCACUUUUACACUAAACGAUAUGUUAAAAGUAUCUGCGAAAUGCGGAUAUUUCGAAAUAUGUAAUUUUCUAAUUGAUUACAAUGCAAAUCUCGAUAAAUGCACUGCGCUGCACUCUGCCGUUGAAAAUGGCCAUCUGAGAGUUGUGAAACUAUUGAUAGCGAAAAAUGCGGACCCAAAUGAGGUGUACAAAAACAAAUGGACUGCACUUCAUUAUGCAUGCAAUAACGGAAAUGUAGAACUAGUUAAAUUCUUUAUUGAUCGCGGUAUGAACACUUCCUCUCGGUCAAUCCACGGUGAAACUCCACUUCACAUUGCUGCGCGGUACGACCAUCUGAAUAUUGUUAAACUGUUGAUAGCGAAUAAUGCGGACCCAAAUGAGAUGGACGAUUAUAAAGGGACUGCACUUCAUUAUGCAUGCAAUAACGGAAAUGUAGAACUAGUUAAAUUCUUUAUUGAUCGCGGUAUGAACACUUCCUCUCGGUCAAUCAACGGUGAAACUCCACUUCACAUUACUGCGCAGUACGGUCAUCUGAAUAUUGUUAAACUGUUGAUAGCGAAAAAUGUGGACCCAAAUGAGAUGGACGAUGAUAAAUUGACUGCACUUCAUUAUGCAUGCCUCGGCGGAAAUGUAGAAAUAGUUCAAUUCUUGAUUGAUGAUCGCCGUACGAACACUUCCUCUCGGUCAACCGACGGUAAAACUCCAUUUCACAUUGCUGCGUGGUACGGCCAUCUGAAUAUUGUUAAACUGUUGAUAGCGAAUAAUGUGGACCCAAAUGAGAUGGACGAUUAUAAAUGGACUGCACUUCAUUAUGCAUGCCUCGACGGAAAUAUAGAAAUAGUUCAAUUCUUGAUUGAUGAUCGCCGUACGAACACUUCCUCUCGGUCAAUCGAGGGUAAAACUCCAUUUCACAUUGCUGCGCAGUACGGCCAUCUGAAUAUUGUUAAACUGUUGAUAGCGAAAAAUGCGGACCCAAAUGAGAUGGACGAUGAUAAAUGGACUGCACUUCAUUAUGCAUGCAAAAACGGAAAUGUAGAACUAGUUAAAUUCUUUAUUGAUCGCGGUAUGAACACUUCCUCUCGGUCAAUCCACGGUGAAACUCCACUUCACAUUACUGCGCAGUACGGCCAUCUGAAUAUUGUUAAACUGUUGAUAGCGAAAAAUGCGGACCCAAAUGAGAUGGACAAAUACAAAUGGACUGCACUUCAUUAUGCAUGCAAAAACGGAAAUGUAGAACUUGUUCAAUUAUUUAUUGAUCGCGGUAUGAACAUUUCCUCUCGGUCAAUCAAAGGUGAAACUCCACUUCACAUUGCUAAGAAAAACGGUCAUCAAAGUGUUGUGGAACUGUUGAAAGCGAAGUUGACGAUGAUAGAUAGACUGUCCUCCAUCAUGCAUACCAUAACGAAAAUAUGGAAAUAGUUCAAUUCUUGAUUCAUCGUGGUAUGAAGACUUCCUCUCGGUCAAUCAUCGGUGCAACUCCACUUCACAUUGCUGCGGGGGACGGCCAUCUGAAUAUUGUUAAACUGUUGAUAGCGAAUAAUGCGGACCCAAAUGAGAUGGACGAUAGGAAAUGGACUGCCCUCCAUUAUGCAUGCCAAAAC